GCCUAUUUACUCUUUCUCUAUCCAUCUAUCUCUUUCACCACACUCCUCAUAGUAUCUAUCUAUAUAUAUUAUUUAUCUCUUUCUAUCCUUUUAUUGUUCUGCAAAAAGCUACUGCCACCAAAGCCUACCCCAUUUUGCUCUUCCCUUUCACACACUCCAAACUCCAACAGAACUCUAACUUUGGUGAGAAGGGAAAAAAAAAAAAAAAGCAACAAUGGAUGAAAAAGAUGAUGAUGGGUUGAGUUUAGGGUUGAGUUUGAGGCUGGGGUGUGGAGAAAAUGAAAAUAGUCAUCAUUCUUUCAACAUGCACAACCCUCCUCAAUCGGUUUCAAACCAAAGAGCUUCUUUCAAUAACUUGUUCCAUUUUCAUGAUCGGAGCUCCGAAAUGUGUUCGCUCCUCCGUGGAAUAGACGUGAACGUGGCGCCGCCACUGUCGUCAACGGAGGCGCCGCCGGCGUGCGACGACGAGAACGGCGUUUUGUCGCCGAACAGCACUAUAUCGAGCAUCAGCGGGAAGCGGAGCGAGAGAGAGGUCAACGGAGACGAGAACGAGAGGGAGUCGUGUUCUCGCGGCGGCGGAAGCGACCAAGACGACGGUGACAACGACGGCGACACUUCGAGGAAGAAGCUGAGGUUGUCGAAGGAACAGGCAUUGGUGCUUGAAGAAACAUUCAAGGAACACAACACCUUGAACCCGAAACAAAAGCAAGCUUUGGCAAAGCAGUUGAAUCUGAGGCCUAGACAGGUGGAGGUGUGGUUUCAAAAUAGAAGAGCAAGGACCAAGUUGAAGCAAACUGAAGUGGAUUGUGAAUACUGGAAGAGGUACUGUGAGAAUCUAACUGAAGAGAAUAGGAGGUUGCAAAAGGAAGUGCAAGAGCUUAGGGCAUUGAAGUUAUCACCACAGCUCUACAUGCACAUGAACCCUCCCACCACUCUUACAAUGUGCCCUUCAUGUGAGCGAGUUGCCGUCUCAUCUGCAUCCCCUUCCUCAUCGGCCAUCACACCCUCUGACCCGCCAGUGGCAAAUCGCAACCCAUUCGGCCCUGCUGUCCAGCGGCCGGUGCCUGUCAACCCCUGGGCGGCAAUGUCAAUUCGACGUCAUGCCCCGCCAUGAUUGAUCACUCUUAUGGUCAUGGUCCUGGCAGUAGUGUAAAAGUUCAGGAUGGAAUUAAGUUACAUAUUAGUUGCACUAGACAGAAAUGAACCAAUGAAAUAGGAAUCUUAUGUGUUGGUUUUACUUGCUAGAACUUUAUGUCACAGUUUGGGAAAUUCUACUUGCGCCUCCUUUUUUCUGGAAAUUAGUUUUUGGAAUGUAAAAAGUGAAAAUUGGGGAUUGUGAAAAAAAGAAAGAAAAAAAAAGGGAGUGCAAUUAGAAUUUCCUUCAUGGUUAUUAACUCUAAUUGUCUUGGCUUAUUUUAUUUUGGGCCUAGAUAGCACAUGUUUUGGUGAACUUUAGGAUGUGUAAAGUUUGGAAAUGUUAAAAGUAGUUAGUAUUUUGAUAUGUUGAAUAGUUUUUGUUAACCUUGGAAAGAUUGAAAAGGGGAUGGAAUGUGGUUUUA